AGGAUCCACCUGAAAACAGAGGAGAUCUCAUCGGAUCGGAUAAUGGGGAGGAUUAGUGCUUGCAGACACAAGUAGAGUAAAUAAAUAAAGUUAGAAGUGAAAUUAUUAUGUGUUAGCACUCUGCGUGCAGAAGAUCCUGUGUUUAAUUUUAGUUGUAUUUUAAACCUGAACGAACUGGGGCAGGAGAAGAAGUAAAACCAGAGAGAGAGAAACAGCAGAGCAUAUGGGCUCAUGACGUAACACCGGUUUGACAGGCUCAUGCGCGCGCCCGUGCCCGUGUGUGUGUUGUUCGUGCGCGCGCAGCUCAGAAUUAGACCAGAACGAAACCUCCAAAGUCUGUCACCAUCAUCAUUCUCCAUGCGCGCUUCCAGACGCGCGCGCGCCCCGAAAGAAUAAUUAUAGCGCGAGAGAAUAAAUAAUAAUUUUAAAGAAAGAAUAAUAAAUAAAUUUAAAAAAAAGAAUGAACACCGUGAGCACCGCAGCCUGCCUGCUCGUCGCCGCCGUCAGCUGCUACCUCUACGGCUACGAUGUGCUGUCAUCGCUGCUCUCUGUUCCAGACGACCCCUCCAUGCCCGAGCCAGGAGCUGCUCCGCGGCGGAGCCCGCAGGGAGUCCCCUACACCGAGCUGCAGCACAUCGUCAACGCCGACGGACAGCACCUGUUCUGCCGCUACUGGGAGCCGGCAGGCCCGCCAAGGGCUCUGGUGUUUAUUGCUCAUGGAGCCGGGGAGCACAGUGGUCCGUACAAUGAGAUGGCACAGAGACUGAAGGAUCUGUCCCUGCUGGUUUUCUCACAUGAUCACGUGGGUCAUGGUCAGAGUGAAGGUGAGAGGAUGAUCGUCAAAGAGUUUCAAGUUUACAUCAGGGAUUCUCUGCAGCACAUCGACCUCAUGAAGUCCCGCCACCCCGACCUUCCUGUCUUUAUUGUGGGACACUCCAUGGGUGGUGCCAUCUCAAUCCUGACAGCCUGUGAGAGACCUGGUGAUUUUGUAGGAGUCGUUCUGAUAGCUCCGAUGGUUCAGCUCAACCCAGAGUCAGCCACACCGUUCAAGGUUUUUGUGGCGAAGAUCCUGAACCACAUGCUGCCCAGCCUGGCUUUGGGCUCCAUUGAAUCCAAAUGGAUCUCGCGGGACAAGAAGCAGGUGGAGGCGUACGACGCUGACGAGCUGAACUACCACGGCAGGUUACGGGUGUCGUUCGGCAUGCAGCUGAUGGUGGCGGCGGAUCGAAUCGAGAGGGAGAUCCCAUCCAUCAACUGGCCUUUCCUGCUCCUCCACGGUGACACUGACAAGAUCUGUGACAUCCGAGGCUCCAUCAUGAUGUAUGACAGAGUUCCAAGUUCUGACAAGAAGUUUGAGAUCUAUAAAGGAGGCUACCAUGCGCUCCACCAUGACCUCCCUGAGGUUGCUGAGUCUGUGCUGAAGGAGGUGACCAGCUGGAUCUCAGAGCGACUUCCUGCCAUGACAACAGAGCAGCAGCAAGGCUUGUAGAUUUUUAACUCGUAGAACUCAGUCAGCGCUCCAAGGAAACUAACGACCUUGUCCCGCCAGGCCUGCGUACGUUCCUGAAGCCUGUCAGGAAUAAUAAUACUACUGCAUUCCUCUGUACGAGAAAUGGACUCUAUAUUCUCUGUAUGAAAGGUUAACUCAAUACUUUGGGCAUCUGCUGUACUUCUUCCUUAUCUGUGUUUCAGUAAGUCAAACCACUGAUUUGUUUCGAACGAUGGUUUCCAAAACUCCUGAAACUCAGCAGCAGUAGUCAGUUUCCCAGCAGAACCUGCGGCCAGGGACGCGCCUCAUGUGUUCAAUCCGAUGGGCUUGUUUUGUUUUUCUAUAAGACUGCUUUUGUGUGCAGGGACUCAAGUCGAGCUUAAAUCUCAAUAAGCUACAGUUCAAAGUGCAAUAAUGACGUUUCCACCUUCUAGUUUUAAUAAAAAGCUCAGAUUUUUAAAACACUUAAUAACAAACAUUAUUAAUCAUAAACAGGGUCAAAGGUCAGGACAGCAGGUGAUGCUGUCGGAUGAUUAAAAAUAAAAGAAGCUAUCCGCUCAAACUAGCAAUAGGUUAUUUCUUCUGUGUUCCGACCUGGUUUUAUCCUUUCUCCUCCCUAGCUGCCAAGGUUUCCUCUUUUAUAGACAGAAGCUUCCUCUCUAAACUCCUGCAUAUUUAUAACAAUCUUUUCUUCUCCCACACGUCUCCUUUGUUUGGUCUGCAGACAGAUGAUUGACCUGAAGACAGAUGGCUGGCACAGGCACAUUCUUAAAAGAUCCCCGUUGUCCAUUUAAAUUCAGCCAAAGGAAUAGUUUAAAAUCAGUACUAAAAAGAAUUUAGCAGGCCCAUUUUGUAGCUAAUAAACCAACUUUAGGACUUUUUAAUAUCUAUGGGGUUUUAAGUAAUCCAUCAAUUCUCUAGUUGUUUUAAUCUUUAUUUGACUUGCUGCAGAGGAUGUAACUUAUCUGUGCAGAUGGGAAUCAUGUAAGAGGUCAAGGGUCAAAUGUCUUUUUUUGCACCCCUGACCUUUGAUUUAGAGCCAUGGUUGACUUCGCUGUUUUUAAAAUCAGACUCCAGCUGGAAAACUAGAAACACUGCUGUUAGUGAGAAUAAAGAGCAUUUGUUUGGCAAGCACAUAGGGCUAAAUUAAUUAAAUUCUAAACACAGAAUAAAUAUUUUUUAAAAGAAAACUGACUAUUGUUAGUUAAAAUUUUAAACCAAUGUCGUCAUGAUGUACAUUUUUAUUUUUUCUGUGGGUUGGAGAACGUAGAAAACUAUAACUCUGUCAGUUGUCAACAUGUAAUACUUUUAAUCUGAAACCCAUGAAGAAAUCCAUCAAUGAAUGGCAGACCUUUAAUAAAUAUUAAACUUUGACAAAAAGAAACAUCUUUAUAUCAGAUAUCUAUACCUAAAGGACCAAUUGAAGCAGUUCUGUUACGCCUGAAGUCAGCUGUGACUUUAAAUAUGAUGGCAAUAAGUUCACUGUCAUUUUUAUAGCUCUUUAAUUAUCAGCUAGACAGAGAUGCAUCGUUAUUAUGGAUUGUUCUGCAGACUGUAAUUAGCAGCCACUGCUAACUGAUAGUGCUGCAUGUAAUCGAGUAUGUGAAAGCUUCCAGAGUCCAAAAUUUAAUGUUGUGCAACAGUUCCAAACAUGGAGGAUAAAACAUUUAGAUUUUUUUUAGGUCAUUUUCUUACAUUUGUCCCUUUUGUAGGCCUCAUGUUUGUUCUAUUGAACACAGGGGGAUAGGGAACCCACUGGCUUCGUUUAGUUUGUGUUUCUUUAAUCAUCAGCCGGUGCAGAAAGUGUAGGGGACACGGUGUGGGAUCCAUGGUGACUGGUAUGUUGAGUCUCAGCACCGGUCCCACAGUUUUAUUAACUUCCAUCAACGUGUCUGAUCACCAGGGUGACCCCGGCUGGAAGGAUAGAAUGAAGAAGUCAGUCAGACUUUCACUUUUUCACUUCACUGCAUUACAUCUGUUGUUCUUCUUUCUUCCACUUAUUUUAUUUUUUUAUUUUUAUUUUUUUGCUGAACGUGGUAACAAGCGCUCUUUGUUCUGUCCAUCACUUACACCCUUGUUCUGCUACAGAUUGAGACAUCUUGUACGCAGACACCCACACUGCCACAAAUGGUGAACCAUCAGAGCAGCAACAGGCUUCAUGACACAUUGUAGUCAUGUUAUAUUUAAAUUUAUAUUCAGAUGUUUUGUUCUUUUGCCUUCCAGUUGUUUCUUGUUCAGUUAGAAGCUGGAUUUCACUGUUUUUUGUGUGCCAAAGUGCUUCUUUAACUCAGAGCUCUGGUAGCUAUUAGAUUGUUGACUUGUAUUGUCACCCACCAACACAAGAUCAAAGGUGAAUAUUUGUUAGCAAAAUAUCUCAUGAACCACUGGGCAAAGUAAAAAAAAAAAAAAAAACGUUUUGUAAGUAAUUGUUAAAUUUAAAGCUGUAGCUGAUUACCUUUUAGACUCAAUCUAAUUUAACAUGACAACCCUAUGCUGUUAGAAAGCACAAAAAGCUCACAAUGCAGUCAGUUUAACAAAUAAUGAGCUAAAAUGUGAUGUGGUAGUAGCUGAGAGUCAUCCUCAACACAUACUCUGAGCACGAUAUAAUAUUACAGGAGCAUUGUGUUUUUAAGGUUUGAAGAAAAUGGCUUAACUUUUUUAAAUUUCUAAAUAUAAUCUUAGUCUCAAACUCUGCCACAGAAGGUGGCAGGCCAAAUAAAGGGCAAAAUAAAAAGUAUAAAUAAAAGGAAAAAGUUACAUGCCUUACAUUACCUUCUUUAUUUUAUAAGGGCUUUUAUGUAAAAUUCUGCCAUAACAAACAAGAAAUGAUAUCAGUCUGGCUGCAGACAGCAGAUAUAGCUGGAAAUGUAAUGUAUUCCUGAUUCUCUGCAGGAGUCAGACCCUCAACCCCGAGCAAGACUGCAAGCCCUUCAGAUACAAUCUAGUCCUGAUUAGACUGCAGCAGAUGCAGCACACGCAAAGGCUUCACAGUCCCGACCGCAUUCAAACUCCUAAUGGCUCCCCUGCUGCACCACAUCAGCACAAUGACUUCAGCUCACUGUGUGAUUUUAAAAAAAGCCCUACCUGUCAGACUACGUGAGUGGAUAUUACUGCUAUUGUUUGCUCUGAGCGAGGAGGGAAAUCGAGACGCAGUGAGGAGGGGAGGGGAAAAAAAGAGAGAGGAAAGGCGACGACAGUAACCAUGGUAGCACUUUUUUUUUCUACCUUUCCCUGCAAAAUAAAAAAAAAAAUCACUCAGUAAAAGUGAACGCCUUCAUUAAUUCUGUGGGAAGUAUGGCAGAUGGGUCUGCGCUCAGGGUUUGCUGUCCAUUCGCUGCUCCGAGGAUUUCCCUUUUGUGUGAACGCUGAGAUAAGAAGCUGCACAAGCAGCAACAUCAGCUCACAGUGAAUAAUCAGAGCUGCAUGAGCCGAAUUCAAAUGUUUAACCCUUCAAAUUAAAUAAGACAAGUUUUAUGGACAUUUUGCACCGUUUUUCAGUUUUUUUUUUCAUUCCGUCUUUUAACUGAACAGUGGUGCAAGAAAUUCAGCAUCAACCACUUUCUCAUUAAUGUGCAAUAUUCAACACAGUCUUCACAUCCUGUUGAGACAUUUCUUUUUUCCAAUGUUUCUUUGCACUGAUGUGCAUUCAUGUGCAGAAUUCCCAUACAAACAUAGCCACACAUGAAAUGCUGUUAAUAGCUUGUAACCCACUCAAAUGUUAAGAUCUGUGUCAAGACAGAGGUUCUACUGAGCAAAGAUGAGAAAAUACUGACAGAUGGCAGCUGCACUUUGACUGAUUUGUAGCUUUUGUAAUGAAGACAAAUUCACUUGGCCUGCUGACUUGACAAUAGGGUCUUUAUUCCCUCAUUCUUUUUUUUGACUUGAGGACUGUUUCUAAGAAAAGAACUGUUAUAUAUAACGUAGGACUAAAAGGAGCCGGCCAGUCUUUCUACAGGUUUAUGAGAUUAUCUUGUACUGGAAAGACUCAGUGCAAUGUUUGCAUGAGUUUGAUCAGUGAAAAGCUGUUAGCGAGAGUUGAAUGUGACUUCUCCAAUAAAUGAAGACAAAUACGUUUGCAUCAUACACAAGAUCCAGGCUAAUCGAGUUUAACUUGUGUUUCUAGUGGGCAGAUUGUAUUUUAGUGCUUGAUAAUGUACAACGGAACAAAAUACAAUUCAAACCUUGCUGAUUUUAUAAAGGAUUGUUUUUAUUAAUCUAUUGUAGUCAAGAAUGUGUGUAAUUUCCACAUCUUUUAGAAAGAGUUUUUACUUGUGACACUUAAAAACUCACGACUCAUUGAAAAACGACACUUUUUAGAUGAUAAUUCAGUAAUUAUUAUUAUAAUUUGUGUUGCUGUAACGCCUUCAAACAUGGAAACUUGUUUACAGGUUCACAAACAUGUAUUGUUUCUGAGGUCAUUUGUAUGGAAACAAAUAUACACCUGUGAGAUUUAUGAAUGCAAAAAAUUGGAAAUUUAGAUCUUUUUGAAUGUCAAAACCAUCACUUGUUUCAUAUUUUUACUUUAUUUACUUCGGGACAAAACAUACACUGCGAAAUGUUUACUGUCUUGAUCUUCUUUUCAGUUUCAACUUGAAUUUAUUAUCAGACAGCUCUAUUUUAGUUACUCCAUCUGAUUUUAAAACUUUCAGUUUGGGAACAAACGGAACACAUUUAGGUUAAAUUAGUAAAGACCAAACUGAAGGCUUUAACAGGAAAAUAACUGGUUUGAUUUGUUUCUAAUGACACACAAUUGAACUGAUGUUUGUGACCAUAUGUAUAUGUUGUGUUUGUGCCUUAUCAUGCUAAUGAAUGUGCAUGUUAUCAUUUCUGUUAAAAAGAAACUUGUUUGAUACUUGACAAUAAACACAAGUUUUUUUUGGUCUUUAUAUAAUGAUAAAAUAGGUGGAAGAAUUUGACUUUUACUUUUUUUUCUAUGUCAGUAAAAAUGAAACAUUUAUUUCUUUGCAUGAAAAUGGAUAUUUUCAGUCAUUUUGGCUGUUUCUAAAAGUAAACAAACCCAUGUGGUAGUUGGCAGCUGUUCAUGAAGUCGUUUUGCUUGCAGAAUAUAUUAAUAAUCAAUAUUAAAAAAACCUGCAGAUUUUGUUCCUCACUUUAGGAUUUUUGACACGUGUUCAUGACAUUAAUGAGCCCUUUUAAGAAGUAAUGUGUAAAUUGGAUGAAUGGAACAAUAAAUAUUUUUGUUUUUGGCACAACUGGAGAUACAUUUUUAUUUCACAUUUUGGUGGUAAACUGUUAUUUUGCCCUUUUGUUAAGAAAAACUUUUUUUAUGUAUCAAUGCAAUCCUAAUUAUUCUAAAAAUCUUAAUGAAAAUGUUUUAAAUGUACAAAAAACAUAAAAAAUACGUCAAUUGAUCAUUCCAUUAAGAUGUUAAAUGUCACUACCACCUUUUAAAAAGGGGAAAAAAGCAAAAUAUUGAAAUAAAGCAAACACUAGCAUGUUUGUGCACAGAUACACUUUAUUGUUUGGCUCAAAAGGGGGGUUUACAGAAGCAAAGGGGUCCUGACUUUCAAGGGGUUAUGUUGAAUCUUGGCAUUCCCGAGUCUUCCUUGUAAAGUUCUGUGUUGUUUGUUUUAACAGGCUGCACACUAAAUGACACUCUUUUUACACCAUUCAGUGCUAAUAUCCAUCUAUAAUGUGACAUCUGUUGUUUUCCAUAUGUUUGAAGACAGUGGACUCUAAACUAUGAUUUAACUCAAAUUCAGGUGAAUAAAAUCAUCCUGUAGAGUUUCAUGAAUGCAUUGUACUGUUAUCACUUCACAGGUUAGCAUUUGACAGUUUGCAUCAGGUGUGAUGUUGUAUAUAGGAAUCAAAUGUAAUAAUAAAACCACUUUUAACUUUCUUAAUGUGAAAAUAUUUAUUGCUAAUCUGUUCACAAUGCCCACAAUACUCUUAUUUCUGAAUAAACCACGACUGUUUAACUGUU